AUGGUGUGGAGGCAGAGCAAUGUGGAGGCAGAGCCAUGUGGAGGCAGAGGGGUGUGGAGAAAGAGCGAUGUGGAGGCUGAGGCAGAGUGCGGGCCCAUCGUCCUCGGGGACGGGGACAGGGAUGUCCCUCUGUCUGUGUCAGUAGAGUGGCAGAGGAAUGAGCAUGUGAUCGACCCGGUAAACGAGCCCAACUUCUUGGUGACUGCGGACCGUAAUCUGAUCAUCAAACAGGCCAGGCUGGCGGACACGGCCAACUACACCUGCGUGGCCAAGAACAUUGUGGCUCGACGCAAGAGCUCCCCCGCCACCGUUCUGGUCUACGUGAACGGAGGUUGGUCUACCUGGACAACGUGGUCGGCGUGCAGCUCAGUUUGUGGGCGUGGCUGGCAGAGGAGGAGCCGCAGCUGCACCAAUCCCACGCCGCUGAACGGGGGCAUGGCAUGCGACGGACAGAAUGUCCAGAAAAGCGCCUGCACCGCGACCUGCCCAGGUAACACCGCCCGCUCAACCGCUCCCAGGCCUUCAGCUAGGCUACUUCCUGUCCUGUGGCCCCGCCUCUGCUUGGCUUCUGUGUAG